GCCUCCAGCAGUGCCUGUGGCGUGUGUGUGUGUGUGCGCGCGCGUGUAUGUGUGUGUGUGUGUGUAUUGGGUUUCUCUCUCCCUUGUAAGAACACAGCCAGCCCGCCCUCCCCUGCUGUUGCUGCAGCUCUGACUUGCUUUUUCCUGCCUCUUUCCUCUCCUCUCUCUUCUUGCUUAGCUUCUUGCCUUCUGAUACCAGUCCCAAGAUGGAGGCUAAUCACGCUGAACAGCUCUCAGCGGAACAACAGUCAACACCUCCAGGGGACAGUUCAUCAUUACCCCGUCACAAUGGCCUGGAGAAGGAAGAUGGUCAGGAUUCUUCAACCCCAGUCCAGCCACCGGAGAAAGAGGCAGAUGUGCACCCCGAUAUCUCUGAAGAGCUGAAUCGACAGCUGGAAGACAUCAUUAACACUUAUGGGUCUGCUGCCAGCACAGCAGGGAAACUUAUGGGUCUCACUGCCAGGGCUAGUGAGCAGCCUGAGAAUGCGGAAUCACCUGACAACGAGGAUGGGGACUGUGAGGAAACAACUGAAGAGGCUGGAAGAGAACCUGUUGCUUCUGGAGAGCCACCCACUGUCAAAGAGCCUGUCAGCAAUAAAGAGCAAAAAUUGGAAAAGAAAAUCCUAAAAGGAUUAGGCAAAGAAGCCAACCUGCUAAUGCAAAAUCUGAACAAAUUGCCAACACCUGAAGAAAAGUUCGAUUUUUUAUUCAAGAAGUAUGCUGAAUUGCUGGAUGAACAUCGUACUGAGCAAAAGAAGUUAAAGCUCCUCCAAAAGAAACAGGUACAAAUUCAAAAAGAAAAGGACCAGUUACAAGGUGAACACAGCAGAGCUAUCCUCGCUCGAAGCAAAUUGGAGAGUCUGUGCCGGGAGCUGCAGAGACACAACAAGACUCUCAAGGAAGAGGCGCUUCAGCGGGCACGUGAGGAAGAAGAGAAAAGGAAGGAAAUCACAAGCCAUUUCCAGAGUACCCUCACGGACAUCCAGGGCCAGAUUGAGCAGCAGAGCGAGCGAAAUAUGAAGCUCUGUCAGGAGAACACAGAGCUUGCAGAAAAGCUGAAAAGCAUCAUUGAUCAGUAUGAGCUCAGAGAGGAGCAUCUGGACAAAAUAUUUAAACACAGAGAACUGCAGCAGAAGCUGGUGGAUGCAAAGCUUGAGCAGGCCCAAGAAAUGAUGAAGGAAGCAGAGGAGCGACACAAACGAGAAAAGGAAUAUUUGCUGAACCAGGCGGCAGAGUGGAAGCUUCAGGCGAAAGUGCUGAAGGAGCAGGAGACAGUCCUACAGGCUCAGGUGAGGCCAAGGGGACGAGGCAUGGGGGCGCUGUCCUCGCGGUCCCCAGAUAAAAAGGCUGGGGCCAAAGAUUCUAAAAAGAAAGGGGGACCAUUCUGGACAUUUAUGCCCCAGGUGACUCUGGAAGAAAGCCAGACCUACCCAUCUUCCCCCUACCUUGGGGCUCUGCCCAUCCUAAAUAAUGGUCCCUGUGGGUUCCAGGAGUACCGUCCUGCCACGGGCCACAGAAGGACUUCCGCUGCCCCGGGAAACACCCAAGUGCUAAAGGAACUGGCCCGGAGUUACAAACUCAAGAUCACCCUUAAGGCAGUCACGGAACUCAUCGCAUCAUGGUGUAGGACAACUAAGAAAAUGAAGAAGCUGGAAAAGGACACAGCCACAUGGAAAGCCCGAUUUGAGAACUGUAACAAAGCUCUGUUGGACAUGAUUGAAGAGAAAGCACUGAGAGCUAAAGAAUAUGAGUGCUUCGUGAUGAAAAUUGGGAGGCUAGAGAACCUCUGCCAUGCUUUACAAGAAGAGAGAAACGAACUCUACAAAAAAAUCAGAGACACAAAAGUAUCUGAAAAGGAUGACCAAAGUCAGCAUACCUCUGAUGAAGAGCCAGAGUCAAACGUCUCUGCGGAUCAAGAGAUUGACGCAGAGGAGGUUAAUAGUGUCCAAACCGCUGUGAAAAAUCUGGCCACAGCCUUCAUGAUAAUUCAUCAUUCACAGUCAACCCCGCAUCCGUCCAAAGAAACCCAACCCAAAAUCAGCAGUUCUCAGGAGAGCAGUGAUGCCGCUCUCAAAGAGCCAGAGCAACCCCCUCUGAUCCCUUCACGGGAUUCAGAGAGUCCCCUGCCUCCCCUAACUCCUCAGGCUGAAGCCGAAGGAGGCAGUGAGGCUGAACCUCCUUCCAAGGCUAGUAAUUCGCCUGCGGGGUUGGAAGCACAAACCCAACGCAAGGGUCUCCCUGUUGGAGCACAGGCUGAUCAGCAGUCCUGGAAGCCAGAGGCAGAAGCUUCCAGUCAGGCCCCACAGGCUCCCACCGAGGCCUCCCUACAGGAGAUGGAGGCAGAUGUGCCUACUCCAGCAUGCACAGCUGAAGAGCACGUUGCAGCCAUGGUGCCUGCAUGCGAGCCCAGUAGGCAGCCCCCACCAGCAGCAGCAGAGGAGCUGCCAGUAGGGGCCUCAGCUGGGCCUCAGCCGCCCAACCUGGCUGACGCCAAUCUGGAAGGUGUCGACUAAGCCUCGCCAUGCCUUCAGAGGCUUCGUCCUGACUCUUUGCACCUUCAGCAUAACAGAUUGUCUUCCGAAAAAGGCAUUAAGGGCUAGAGAUGUCAAAUGAAAGAGAAGUAGGAUCAAGUCAUUUUUUAAUGUUAUGUAGAACACAUUCAUUCAGGCUUUGCUAUUUGUUGCCAGUUUGUAACUGAUUUGAAAGUUUUCUAUUUAACACUGGUUGACAGUAUAAUUUUCCCAAAGGGCAACAAAACAUCAGACAGCAAAUUUAUAUUACUUUUCUGUUAAGAUAAUACUUAAUUAAAUUUGUUAAUCACCAGUAAGAUUUGAUGUUUAAAGACUUCUACUGCAAUAUAUAAAUAUUGAAAAUGUGAUGUUCUGCUUAUUUGGAUAUGUAGUUUAA